CAGCAGCUCUUUUACAUCCCUAAAGUAAUUUUUGGAGUAAUUGCUAAUCAGAAUUUGAGGUUUUUGCAGCCAUGGCCGGACAUCGCACAGAUUGCAUUGAAAGACGCCUCCGGAUCUGUUUUGGGAUGAUGGGCCACUUUAUUGGAUCCCAUCCCUGGUGGUUCCUGAUCACCCCCCUGAUAGUGUCGGCAGGUCUGGGGAGUGGGUUUUAUCUCCUCAAGGACAGAAUUUCCAAUGAUAUUGAGGAGCAGUUCACACCUGUUGAUGGACCAGCCAAGAUGGAGAGAAAAUACAUCGAGGAAACUUUUCCAGGCAGUGAUUCCAUGUUUUCAAGAUUGAGGCUGAGCUCAGAUGGAAACUAUGGCACUCUCAUAGCUACAAGCAGCAGGAAUAUUCUGACCGUUGAGUCACUUUAUGACAUCCUUGAUUUGGAUUUUAAAAUUAGGAGCAUGGUGGUGCAGUUUGACAAUCAAUCAUUUAAAUAUGUGGAUAUCUGUGCCAAGGUGAUUGAAUCCUGCACCUCUAAUGACAUUCUGGAAAUUAUUGACUACAAUGCCAACAAUAUAGAUGCUGUCAAUUUGACGUUUCCGUGGUAUCACUCUGAUUUUAAAAGUAUUCCCUUAUAUUUGAGUCUGGGGAGUGUGACACUGAAUACAGAGAGUUCGGUUGUUGAAAGUGCUGAAGCCAUUCAGCUCCAUUACUAUUUAGAUGAGGGCAACAAAACAAAAACUGAUCUUUGGUUGGAAAGCUUCAUUAAUCUGGUUUCAAAUGAAUCGUCGGCUACUCUUCAGGUGUCAUACUCCACCUCAGUGUCCAUGCAGUGGGAAUUUGACAAAUCUCCAGCAUCUGUCAUCUAUUUAUUCUCCAUCACCUACGCCAUUGCCAUCAUAUUUUCAAUUCUAACUUGUUGGAGGUUGGAUAAUGUGCGGACGAAGGUGUGGGUGGCUUCCUGUGGGGUUUUCUCCACAGGUCUAGCAGUCCUGAGUGGUUUUGGUGCAUUGCUGCUGCUCGGCCAACCGUUCGUCAUGACAGCUGCCUCCUGUCCUUUCCUGAUCUUAGGUAUUGGACUUGAUGACAUGUUCAUCCUGAUCUCCUGCUGGCAGAGGACCCAUGUUCUGGACAGCGUUUGCGACCGGCUGGCUGACACCUACCGAGAAGCUGCCGUCUCCAUCUCCAUCACCACCCUGACCGACGCUCUGGCUCUCUUCCUGGGUUACAGCUCACCCUUUGGCUCGGUCCGGUCCUUCUGCCUCUACGUCGGCGUUUCUGUUUGCUUCUGCUAUUUCUACAGCAUCACUUUCCUGGGGGCGUGUAUGGCUUUGAAUGGACAGAGGGAAGCAGAGAACAAACACUGGUUCACCUGUGCUAAAACCCCAGAGGACGUACCAUCCAGGAAUUCAAAAGUCUUCAGUAUGUGCUGUGUUGGGGGACACUACAAUCGAAUCACUGGAAAGGAGGAAACUGAAGCCAUGAGUUACAUUUUUGAGCGGGUCUACGGUCCAUUUUUGACCCACAAACUGACAAAAGCAUGUGUGUUAGUCAUGUACGCAGGUUAUCUGGCCGUUAGCAUCUAUGGCUGUUGCAUCUUAAACGAAGGACUCGACAUCAAGAAUCUGGCUGUGGAUGAUUCCUACAUUAUUGACUACUACAACCAUCAAAGGCAGUACUUCUCUGAAUUUAGCUGCAAUGUGAUGGUGGCAGUGAAGCAACCAUUCCCCUACUGGGGCAACGAUGAACAUCUGCACUCAAGUUUUGAAAGUUUGAGCUUUGUCAACAACACGCUUGCUUGGUUUACCUCCUAUAAAAACCAUGCUAAUGCCUCUAAUCUCAACAUAAGCUCCCGAGAGGCCUUCUACACCCACCUGCCACAUUUCUUAGAACUCAACCCCAUGUUUAGACAAGACAUCAAUCUGACGGUGGACGGUGACAUCCAGGCUUCUCGCUUUUUCCUCCAGACGCUAGACCAAACUACGAUGAAAGACAUGAUGAUUGGACUCAGGAAAACAGCAGAGGAAUGUCCAGUGGAGCUUCUAGUGUUCCACCCUGCCUUCAUCUACUUCGACCAGUACACCGUCAUCACAGAAAACACCGUCCAAACCAUCCUCAUUGCCGUGGUUGUAAUGCUUGUUGCGUCACUCAUCCUGAUACCAAAUCCUCUCUGUUCUAUAUGUGUGGCUUUUGCAGUUUGUUCAGUCAUCACUGGCGUUACAGGAUUCAUGUCGCUGUGGGGCAUAAAUCUGGACUCCAUCUCCAUGAUCAACCUGGUCAUGAGCAUCGGUUUCUCUGUAGAUUUCUCAGCACAUAUUUCUUACUCUUUCGUCUCCAGCACGAAAAGUGACGCCAAUGAGAAAGCUAUGGAUGCUUUGGCCCAUUUGGGGAAUCCAAUCGUGCAAGGAGCUUUGUCCACUAUUUUAGGGGUGGUGGUGCUGUCUGCAUCUGGGAGCUACAUCUUUAGGACAUUCUUCAAGAUUGUGUUUCUUGUGAUUGUGUUUGGGCUGCUGCAUGGUUUGGUGUUUAUUCCAGUGUUUCUGACAGUGUUCACAGUCCGUGGGAAGUGCUGUUAA